AUGGAAAAUAAAUCCACUGAAUCCAUAUAUUUUUAUUUGAUCAAUGCCGAGCGUCCCGGUAUGUCACCGGCCACUUACCAGUACAUUCUAACCGGUACAGGAGCCACUAUAUUUGCUGUCGAUCAGCGAGGUUAUCUCUACCUAAACACACCUCGUAUCGACGCCGAUGCACCGAAUCCUUCAACGUAUCAACUGAAUGUACAAGCUCGCGAAGUGGACACAAUGCCGAUACGAAGCAGUGAACUGGUGACAAUCACGGUGCAUGUGCUUGACGUCAACGACAAUUCACCACAAUUCGAUCAACCCAUCUACACCGUGAACGUCUCAGCGUUCGGCGAAAUCCGACCGGUCGUAGAGGUACGAGCCACAGACGCCGACUCCGGUGUUUUUGGUGCGAUCACGUAUCGGAUUUUAGAGGUGACACAUGAAGCCAAUGACAAAUUCCAUUAUGAUGACGCGACAAACAUGCUAUUCGUCGACGGUGAUCUCAUCCCAGGAGAGCAAUAUCAGGUGGUUUUGGAGGCCACUGACGGUGGCGGCAGAUCAUCAAAAGCGAUCGUGGUCCUGCUGGCGAUGCACCCAGCGUUCAGACUGGCGAGCCUGCCUCCGCUACCCGGAAUGGAAACGUUUGUCCCCAAUCCGGCAGCAUUUUUCAUCACUACUGUGACAAUCAGCAUUUCUUCAGAGCAAGAAGAAACGAUUCAAACGUUUGUUACGGAAGUCAGUGAAAACACUCCAAUUAAUACGAUUGUGGUGUCACUGGGGGGUGAAGUUGUCAACGAAGAUGUUUACUACUUAAUUGUCGAUGGAAAUAUCGAGGAAAAGUUCGCGAUUAAUGAACGAACGGGCGUCAUCACAACAGUUGGUGAAUUCGAUCGUGAACGAACGGCAAUGUAUUCAUUGCAAAUUGACACUCGUAGUCGACAUCCUGAUCAACAUCUGUACUGGACAAUUGUACAGAUUGGUGUGCUGGACGUUAACGACAAUUCACCUCAUUUUGUGGGUCCUCAACCUAUUCGACUCCAGCUUAACAUUCACGACCUCGACCAGAUCAAAUCGAAUAUGAUCAUUGGAAAGGUCAUCGUCGAGGAUCCAGACGGUGAGGAUAACGGUCGUCUAGAGCUGCGUAUUGCACCCGAUAUGAACAGGCUGUUUGCGGUGUCCAACGACGGUGUAGUGUCAGUCAAUGGCGAUUUCACUGCCGCUCAUUUCGGCAAUCAUCGAAUGUUCAUUGUAGCCCGGGAUCACGGUGAUCAGCCUCGAGAAACCAAAGCUGAAGUGAUUGUCAGCAUCUUUAGCACGUUCAUUACCGUUGCCACCAGUCCACCAAAAGGAAAUUUCGAAUAUACGAGUUCAGCUGAGGAAACUCCAAUACAGCCAGAUCACUUUUACCACCGUGUCACCACUGCAUCUACGAGCAAUCGAUCGCUCUUGGUUUCUAUUUGCCUUUGUCAAAGCGAAUUACAGCCAUACGUGCCAUCAACGACUAAGGCGCCAGGGCCAAAACGUCUAGCGCCUGUCUUCAAUCCUCCACAAAUUACCGUCACCGUUGACGAAAAUGAAGCAGAAGUCGAAAUUGCAAAGGUUCAUGCCACCUAUCCUGAUGGCCGGCCAGGAUCAAUCUCUUAUGUGCUGCACAAAGGUGAUCCUACAAUGUUUGAGGUAUCCUCUAUGUCGGGGAAGGUAAAGUUGCUACGGCCAUUAGACGCUGAAAAGGAUACUUCGUACAUGCUGCAGAUAUCAACGGCAGAGGCAUCUGCACUCACCAAUGAUCCUUUCUUGGACCAUUAUGUUUCGAUUACGGUUAAUGUGGGCGAUGUAAAUGACUGGAUUCCGACCUUUGAAAAUUCCAACUAUAGUUUCACUAUCCAAGAAGCUACAACGCCUGGUACAAUAAUUGGACAAGUCUCUGCUUUUGAUCAAGACAAAGAGGCUCCAAAUAACCGCAUACGGUAUCGUCUAGUGAGCGCCGGUGGUCUCGAGAAUUAUUUCUCAGUGAAUUCCGAAACCGGACUUAUCACACUGGCGCUUCAAAUUGACGCGUUUGCCGGCGAGAAGAUUACGUUACGAAUCGAAGUGACCGAUUCUGGAUCACCACCGAAAUCUGCGAUGACAAAUGUACUGUUCGAGAUCGUUCCCAACACCUCACAGGUUGCUCUCAGUUCUUUGACUAGCCCUCUUCUAGAAAUACAUUGUUUCAGUACUUCUGUCUCUGAGUCUGUACGGCCACCAAAUCUUGUGCAAGUGCUGACUGUACGCAACAAGCCGAAGGACACACGAUUCGUAACUUGCAACAUCGUCAGUGGAAAUCAUAGAGGAGCAUUCAGCGUCACAGCAGGCAAUGACGGUAAUUGCGAGCUGAGAACACAAAUGGAAUUAGACAGAGAAAGUGUAGAACGGUAUUUGUUGAACGUCACCGUCACUAACGGCAAUGAGGAUGAUUUCACAUUGGUGUCAAUUACCGUAAUUGACGUAAACGACAACGUGCCGCGAUUCAUCUACGACAACGAUCUCGGCAUCUCCAUCUACUUUGCCGGCAUCUCAUCUGCAGCCGAAGCAUUCACUAAAGUGCUCACAGUAAAGGCUAAAGAUGCAGAUCUGGGCAAUAGCAGCGUGGUGAGCUACUCGAUUGAUCCGUUUUCGUUGCACUCCAAGUACUUCACAGUCAGUCCUAUUGGUGAAAUCAGAAUCAAGCAAAGUAUAUCCCAAAUACUACAGAAGAAUCGUAUCAGUUACUUUGAUAUACAGGUGUCUGCCUGUGAUUCUCCAACUGCUGGCCAACAGUUGUGCACCAAAGCGGAUGUCGUUAUCAAUGUCAUAACCGAAUCUCAUCGUUUCCGACUCACUGCCGUCGGUCAGAAUCCGCAGCAGUUGAAAGUUCAUGAAAAAAACAUAUUAAAAACUUUACGACAGUUCACCGGCAGCUGUACUUUGUUGAGUGUUGAAAGCAUGGUCAAACAACUGCCGUCAGAUAACCAGGUAAGAACGGACAUGUAUUGGUAUGCAGUGAAUCCGACCACCAAAAAUAUUUGUAAGAAAAACGAUUUCAGAAAACUGUUUGAAAGCUCAUCAGUUGCAAUAAUUGCCGGUAAACUACAGCCUUGGUUCCAACUAGAGAAGAUAGAAGAAGACGUUGACGAAGGCGUUGAUAUUGCUGGAGGCAUGCUUUCAAACAACUGGAAGACGGCCAGCAUAAUGUUGAUUGGUUUGGCUACUCUCAUCGCUAUUGGUGCGACCAUCGGGAUAUGCGUUAUUUGCGUGUUCUGGAGUCGCUUUAAAGUAUUUUUUAUGGUUCUACAUUUAUUUGUUACACUCAAAAGAGAUUUUUUUGUUGUCUAUUUAGGUCGAUUUUAUUUCAGUGCUUCUAUUUUUCCUCAUUUCUUCUCUUUUUGCAGUGUCGCUUAUGAAGGAGACUUCAGCAUUGAAGAAAGCAUGUACGCCCUAAACGUUCCUGGUAGAAUCGACCCAGUUACAAAGUACGUUCAACCCAUGUCGCUCACACUUUAUGAAUAUCGAUUGGUAACCAGCCCCUUAGUAACUUAA